AUGCAGAUCCCACACCUCCCCAUCACCGCCCUCCCAGCAUGGUGCAAACUCAACGAUGUCAAUUUCCUUGACAUCCGAGUUCAAGAUCUGGGUUGCUCAAAAGGCUUUGGACUCGUCACUUCGCGGGCACUUAACUCCAAAGACGUGUUUGAUGUUCCGACGCUGAUGAUCGUGCCCAGUGAAUUGAUUUUGAGUGCUGAGACUGUUGAGGAGUGGGGAAAAGUAGAUACUCAUUUUAAAGAAGUGUUGGAUAGGGCUGGUGGGAAGACUACAAGGGGCAACGUUAUGCUUUUCCUGUUAAUGCAGAUUACGAUCGCGGUAAAGCACCAUGGGAUGAAUAUCGGCCUGUCGAAUCCCUGGACAGAGUACGUGAGGUUACUGCCAUCCGAGGUACCGCUUCCUACUCUGUGGACUGAGGAAGAGAAAUUCAUGCUCGCUGGAACUUCUCUGGAGUCUGCCGUUUCUGCAAAGACAACUUCACUUAUACAGGAAUUUGAGAACCUUCGCGAGCAGACCGUCGAUAUUUCUUGGUGUCAAAAGUGCUGGUGGGAUAACGCGGAUCUGACCUAUCAAUACUGGUUCUUGCUGGACGCUUGGUACAGAUCACGCUGUCUUGAGGUACCAAAUUCUGGAGAAUCAAUGAUUCCAUGCGUUGACAUGGUAAACCACUCUUCACAACCGAAUUCGUACUAUGAAGUAACUUCCGACAACAAUCUGAUUCUCGUACUCCGACCAGAUGUUCGAGUAGACUCUGGCUCGGAAGUCACCAUAAGCUAUGGGUCUUCGAAAACCGAUGCAGAAAUGUUAUUCAGUUACGGCUUUAUUGACGAGGAGAGCAAUGCACGUGGUCUGAACUUGUCACUUGACCCAUUCCCAGAUGACCCACUUGGAAAGGCAAAGCUGGCUGCCUUCUCGAAGCCGACAACUCUGCGGCUUUUCGAAAAGGAAGGGGUUGUCCAAUGGGAGAGCCCUUUUCUCAAUUUUUUGUGCCUGAACGAAGAAGACGGUCUUGAAUUCAAAGUCCUACAACAAGUUGACGACACUCAAGGCCAGUUGAGGGUCUUCUGGCAGGGAUCAGAUGUGACAGAUGCAACGCACAACUUUGAUCUGCUCACAAGCGGCCAUCCACUCAAGGAUGUUUUCAAACUCCGAACUAUUGCCGUGUUACAGGACCGAAUUCAGCAUCAGCUGGAAUGCCUGUACGAAGGCGAUCAUGCAAUACAAGCAUUGGGAUCUACGGGCUUGGUCUCCCAAGAUCGCUUUAAAAGUGCCUUGCAGCUGAGAAAGAGCGAGAUUUCAAUCCUCGAGCAAGUAUUCAGAGCAACAGAUAACGAGAAAUCGAGCUUACUAGAAAGCGAAGUUGUGGUACGGUAUCUCGGAUCGAUGGAGGACGAAGAAAUACCGGAACUAGCUGCGACCAAUGAGGAGGAAGAUUUUAGUUGA